AUGGCUUUUCAACCAGAUCAACAUGAAUUACAACAGGUAAUCCAACUGCUACAACACGCGCACUCAACAGAUCGAGAAGUGCAACGAAGUGUUCAAGUGCAACUAGUUCAACUCAACGAACAUCAACAAUUCUGUUGUUAUCUCGUCUUUAUUCUCAGCGAAAUGAAGGAUCAAAUCGACGCGACGAGUCGAUCUCUGGCAGGUCUCCUCCUCAAAAAUAACAUUCGUGCGAAGUGGAAUAAAUAUCCACAGGACGUGAAAUACUUCGUCAGGACGACAUGUCUCAAGUCGAUCGGCGACCAGGAGCCAUUGAUCCGGGCGACCGUUGGGAUCAUCGUAACGACGAUUGUGAUGGAGGAGAACAUGUGUGAUUGGCCUGACCUUUUGGAUACCCUCGCUACAGUACUCAUGCAACCGGAUGAGUUGAUGCAAGAGGGUGCACUUGGUGCAUUGCAGAAAGUGUUUGAGGACUCGGCGGAUCGAUACGAGUGUGAAUUCCUGAGACCUAUCAUGCCGAAACUUUUAGUGUUCUAUGAGCAUCACUCUGCAAAAAUGAGAGCUUUGGCAAUGAAUUCGGUGAAUUGUAUCCUAAUGGUGAACAAUGAUCCAAUAGACUUUGCCAUCGAUCAGUUCCUUACAAGUCUCUUCGCGAGACACAAUGAUAAUGAUGAGGAGGUGCAAAAACAGUUGUGUAGAUCAUUAACCUUGUUGUUAGACACCCAUAUGGAUAAAAUGAUGCCUCACUUACCGAAUGUGAUUGAGUAUAUCAUUAAGAAAACUCAAGAUCAGAAUGAGUCGAUCGCCUUGGAGGCAUGCGAAUUCUGGUUGAGUAUCGCAGAGAAUAAUGAGAUUUGUCGGACGAUGGUGUUGCCACAUCUCGAUAAACUCAUACCGGUGCUCCUCGGUUCGAUGAGAUAUUCGGAGAACGAUCCGGCGUUGAAAGCCAACGAGGAGGACUCGUCGGUGCCUGAUCGAGAGGAGGAUAUUAAGCCGAGAUUCCAUAAAUCGAGACAACAUGGGCUGGGGAGUCUGGUCGAGUCGGAUGAGGAGGACGACGAUGAUGAUGAUGAUGAUGGAGGCGGUGAUUGGAAUAUUAGACGGUGUUCGGCGGCGUCGUUGGAUGUGUUGGCGUCGAUUUUUGGGAAAGAUUUGUUGGAUAAAUUGUUCCCGUUGUUGAAGGAUACGUUGAUGAAUGAGAAUUGGUUGGUUAAGGAAUCAGGAAUCCUUGCUCUCGGAGCCAUAGCCGAGGGAUGUAUGGAUGGAGUGGUGCCCCAUUUGGGAGAGCUCAUUCCAUUCCUGCUCCAAAUGAUGUUUGACAAGAAGCCACUCGUCCGAUCGAUCACUUGUUGGACACUCUCCAGAUACAGUUCUCAUAUUGUUGUGGAUGAGAAUUUCCGACAGAACUUCUUCAAAGAUGUUCUUGCUAAUCUGCUCCGAUGCUCCCUGGACAGCAACAAGAAAGUACAAGAAGCCGCGUGCUCGGCAUUCGCCACGCUGGAAGAAGAAGCCGGCGAACAAUUGAUUCCAUUCCUGGGCGAGAUUCUCGAACAACUCGUCCAAGCAUUUCAAUGCUAUCAGGCGAAGAAUCUUCUGAUUCUCUACGAUGCAAUCGGAACACUGGCGAAUAGUGUCGGUGAAGCAUUGAGUCAUCCUCAUUACGUUCAAAUGUUGAUGCCUCCGUUAAUGGAGAAAUGGGAGCGGCUUAGUGAUGAGGAUAAAGAGUUGUUCCCACUGUUAGAGUGUAUUUCUGCGAUAGUCAGUGCAAUGGGACAAUCGUUUAUCCCGUAUAUCCAACCGGUCUUCACCAGAUGUUGUAGUUUGAUUGAGAAAUGUGUGUCACAGAAUCAGCAACAUCUGAUGGCACCGGAGCAAGUCGAGGCACCGGAGACUGACUUUAUCAUUGUGGCCCUUGAUUUACUGUCGGGUCUUGCUGAAAGUCUUCCAGAACAUAUGACUCCACUUGUCAGUAACUCAAAGUUGAUCGAGUUGAUGUUGUUCUGCUCGAUGGAUGUCACCACAGACGUCCGCCAAUCGUGUUUCGCACUUUUGGGUGAUUUGACGAAGGCGUGUCCGGAGAGAGUCUUGUCACAGAGUAACAACUUCAUAUUCUUCCUGGCUCAAAAUCUGGAUCCCACCAAGAUUAGUGUAUGUAACAAUGCGAUUUGGGCUCUCGGAGAGUUGGCACUGAAAAUGGGACCAGCUAUGAAGCAAUACGUCGGACCACUCAUCGAACCGCUCAUCGUCGUCAUUAAUAGUCAACAGAAUAUGCAACGAACGCUUCUGGAGAAUACUGCCAUCACAAUCGGACGACUCGGUCAAUUCUGUGGUGAAGAGCUGGCUCCACACAUCAAUCGAUUCAUUCGUCCGGCGUGUUAUUCGCUUCGAAAUAUAAAAGAUAAUGCGGAGAAAGAGAGUGCAUUCAUCGGUUUAUGCAAUAUGAUCAAUAUGAAUCCAGUCGGUGUACUCAAUGAUUUCAUCUUCUGGUGUGAUGCAAUCGCCUCGUGGACCACGCCCACCGAUUCGUUGAGAGCGCUUUUUGCGGGGAUUCUUCAAUCAUUCAAAUUACAAGUUGGCGACUUCAAUUGGAACAACUUCAUUCAACAACUUCCACCACCACUUCGUGAACGUCUCGCCGCUUUUUAUCAGAUCUAG